AUAAUAAUGAAAAUAUAUUGGUUUUAAUUACACUAAUUAGCACACAGCUACCACACAUUCCAUAGAUUUACUUGCAGUGUGUUAAAAGUGUUUCUGGAUCAAUCAAGAUGUGGCUUUAUUUAUUGAUCUUUUCAAUUUUAUCUCAGCAAUCAGUUUUUGGACAAUUUGGUGACUUCGAACAAGAGUAUGGCUACGUAACCGUAAGACAGGGCGCACAUAUGUUCUACUGGCUGUUUUACACCACAGCAGAUGUUCCCAACUACACGGAUAGGCCACUGAUAGUGUGGCUGCAAGGAGGUCCCGGGGGAUCCUCUACGGGCAUCGGAAACUUUGAGAUAUUAGGGCCAAUGGACUUGUCCCUUCAGGAAAGGAACUAUACAUGGGUAAAAAACUUCAAUGUUCUUUUUGUGGAUAACCCAGUUGGAACAGGAUUCAGUUAUGUUGACGAACUGCAGUUUUUAACAACAACCAAUGAUCAAAUAGCUUUGGAUUUCGUAGAACUAAUGAGAGGGUUUUACGCCGACAAUCCCAUGUUUGAAGGAGUGGACUUGUAUAUCUACGGGCAGUCAUAUGGCGGGAAAAUGGCUGUCGACAUGGCUCUUAGAAUGCAUGAGGCUGAAGAAGCCGGUACCAUCAGAUCGAACCUUCGCGGUAUUGCCAUGGGAAAUGCUUGGAUAUCUCCGGUAGACGCAACUCUCACCUGGGGGCCGCUACUGCUGGCUGCUGGCUUGGUAAAUCAAGAAGGAUACGAAGCUAUCCAGGCUUCAGCCCGAGAAGCCGAACGUCUCUUCAACGAGGGACAAUACGUAGCGUCCACCAAUCAAUGGGCUGCAACCCAAAGUGUUGUCUUCCGGCAUACCACUAAUGUGGACUUUUAUAACAUACUGACGAAAAUGCCUACAAAUUUACCAGAUUCUCGGAGUGAUUUGGAGUUGUCACGAGAUAUGCUUAUUCACAACAAGCCUUACAGCACUCCCGUAGACGACCGAAACGAAUACAACCUCCAAUACUUGAUGAACAACCUGGUGAAACCUGCUCUUGAGAUCCCAGACCAUGUCUCAUGGGGUAGCCAAUCGAACGCGGUGUUUGCCUACCAAAAUGGCGAUUUUAUGAAGCCAGUUACAGAAGGGAUUGAGAAACUUUUAAACGAAACCAACAUCAUUGUAACAAAGUACAAUGGAAAUCUUGACCUCAUUUGUGAUACUCCAGGCCAAAUUCUCUGGGUCGACAGACUGAAGUGGCCUGGGGCGGAGGCCUACAGGAAUGCCACCCGGCAACCGAUAUGGGAGGACGGAAAGCUGGAGGGUUACUACAAGGCACACGGAAACUUCAGAUUUUUCUGGAUCAAUGUGGCAGGCCAUAGUGUCCCGAGGGAUAAUCCAGCUGGAAGUAAUGCGUUCUUACGGGAUAUGACGUCAUUUGGAUAGGUUCGCGUGCGUUGAUGUCUUUUGUUGUAAAUAAACUCAUCACCCAAACCCUCUCCUGAAUCAUUAUUCAAUUCUCAUUUCUUGAUCAAGUAAAACAAUCAUACACGUUUAAUAAAAUAUGCAUAGAUCCUCUUACUCUUUGCUCUACAACUACCCUCUGCUUCCAGUAGAAUUACCAAGUGUUUACUAGUAGAACUCCCCAGACUUCUUAUAAAAAAUGCAAUUCUUAUUUUGAAUAUUGUGAAGAGAUCCGACGUGACUUAAGAAAUUGCCGACAACCAUUGUCCGUCGCAAAGUAUCGUAACUGUAUAAACACACUUGCUGCCUGCAAUGACACGCAUGACUCGUUUCGACCUUAUUAGUCCGGUUAAAAUCCUCAUUUUCGCUGCAGAAUAAUUUGAAUAGCGUUAAAAAUUGGUACUCCACUUGAUCGGUAGGUUAAUAUCUCAAGUCUAAGGUAAAUAAAAAACACGCAAAACUUUUAUUAUGUAAAUGUUUAUUGAUGAUUUGAUUUACUCGUACAUACAAUAAGCAUGAAAGAAAUGAAGGACGGGUCAACGAGAUCAGCCAGUAACUUCGAGACUGUACAUUGGCUUUAUAAUUUGGAAUCCAAUAUUGAAUGCAAGUUGCAUUUAUAAAUUAACAUUAUACAAUAACAUAAGCUCUUCUUAAAAUAAAUU